AUGCAAAAAUCACGAUCAGAAGACGACUCUUCAUCCAGAACAGUAUAUUUUAUUUACCACUCAAGACUGUCGAAGAUCGUGAACAAGCUUGCUUGUCCGAAAUGCACCAACGUCGGAUCAUUUGAUGUCAACUUUACGAAGAUGAAUCUGCUGAACUUUUACAUCGUAAUAAGCUGCUCGAGGUGCAAGAAGUGGACAAGCGGAAGCUGGCUUCUUCCAGACAAGUUCAACGAAGCCUUUCAAGCAGCGAAAACUUGUGUUGGAAUCGUCGACGCUCAAAUCAACCGCUUCUUAGCACUGAUCGGAAUGAGCGGGAAAGCGAAAAACGGGGAGGAGAGGAUGCCAGACUUUCAUCAUUCAAGCUCGACUGCUCAAGAUCUUCAAAAUUUGGUCGACGGAAAAAUCAUCGAGCUUGCAAAGAAGUCAAUGCUUGCUGCUAGAAAUUCUCUCGUCUCCGAAGCCCGGAAAUUCAAAGCCAAAUCGAUGCAAGUAGCUGUUGACGGUUGUUAUAACGAUACUGGUCACAAAAGAAACUCUGCUCAAGCAUGCAUCGUCAGCGUCGUUGCAAAAGUCCGAGGGCUAUGGAAAAUCAUCGGCAACAAAGUCGUCAAAAAACCACAAGAAAUAUCCGAAGAGCAGCUGAAAGCUGAAGGCAAGGGAUUCAUCGCUCCUCGAGGAACUGUCUCAUCACAACUGGAGAAAAUUGGCACUCAUACUGUCAUCAAAAUCGCUUGUGAUAAAGACGCUGGUAUUCGAGAUCCGAAAAAUACAAAUGUCUUUGUUGAUGAAGAAAGAAGCAACCAGCUCAUGAUUCCAAUGAACCGAUAUGAAUUCGUGGACGACCGAGCUCACAUCUCCAAAAACAUCCCCGGCACCGUCAACCGAAAUUUCAAGACUGGCUCUUCAGAAAUGCGAUUCACGCCGCUGCAAAAAUUGGAGAUUCUUUCCCGUCUUCAGCGUGCUACAGAAGAAACUAUGGACAAAUGCAGUACAGGUGAAUGGGGACUUGCUGAGGCCACCGCAAAAAUGAACAAGACUCGUCUCCAUUCUUAUGGCGAUCACUCGAUGUGCGACUCCAAUUGCCCCGGAAAACCACCUAUCUUUCAACCCCAUGGCGCCUUUACUCAGGAGAAAAUUGUUUCCGAAGUCGAUGCAUUCUUCGCAGCUCACUUUGGGGAAAAAUUCAUCGAAUCUCUCGUCGCAACUGGCUCAUCAUCUCCUGUUGAGUUUUACCACGCACUUAUGAUUCGAAGGCGACUUUGGGUAAAAGGAACACAUGCAAGUGUUCUUUCUCGACGAUAUGAGGUCGCAGCAGCGAUCUCGACGCUCAUCUACAAUGAAGGACAAGACAAAGCUUUCAAAAUGAUGCUUGAAGCUGUCAGCUAUGCAGUUCCAGAAGUUGGGCUUGAGAGGAUCGAGGCACAGGAGAAGGAACGAAAAGAAAAAUGCGAAGAAAAACAGAAGAAGAAGUCAAAAGUUGAGAAUGCAAGACGACGAAAUCAAAAACAAUACACGGAAAUGGGAGGAUAUGCCACUCAGAAACAGCGCGACAUCGAAAACUCAAGACGAAUUUUUGAAGAAAAAGAAGAGGACCUGCCUGAAUUCGAUGAACUUCUUGCAAUGGAGUCAUCAGAAGAUUUUGAUGACUACGAAACGACAGUUGUAGAAAUCUAA